GAACCAAUCAGAAUAGUUUAUGUGAAAUUGUGUCACUGUGAAUUCGGCUUUAGUUGUUCAGUGACGCGAAUUUUUACUGAAAAAAAAGGUGAAAAAGCAGUGUCAGAAAAGAAAAAGUAAUUGUCAUGGCUUCGGAACGUUACAGUUUUUCUUUGACAACAUUUAGUCCGUCAGGUAAAUUGGUGCAAAUUGAAUAUGCUCUCGCAGCAGUGGCAGCUGGAGCGCCCAGCGUUGGAAUUAAAGCAUCGAAUGGAAUUGUUCUUGCAACAGAAAAUAAACAUAAAUCCAUUCUUUAUGACGAACAUAGUGUGAAUAAAGUUGAAAUGAUUACUAAACACAUUGGCAUGGUUUAUAGUGGAAUGGGUCCCGAUUAUCGUUUAUUGGUUAAACAAGCACGUAAAAUGGCACAAAAAUAUUAUUUGGUCUAUCAAGAAGAAAUUCCCACUGCCCAACUUGUUCAACGUGUCGCUAUGGUCAUGCAAGAAUACACGCAAUCAGGAGGAGUAAGACCAUUUGGUGUGUCUUUAUUAAUUUGCGGAUGGGACAAUGGAAGAGCAACACUUUUUCAAUGUGAUCCAUCGGGUGCAUAUUUUGCAUGGAAAGCAACUGCUAUGGGAAAAAAUUUUAUCAAUGGUAAAACAUUUCUUGAGAAACGUUACAGUGAAGAUUUAGAAUUGGAUGAUGCCGUUCAUACUGCAAUUCUAACAUUAAAAGAGGGAUUUGAAGGUCAAAUGACUGCUGACAAUAUUGAAGUUGGUAUCUGUGACGCUAAUGGUUUUCGAAGAUUAGAUCCAUCCAAUGUUAAGGAUUAUUUAGCAAAUAUCCCAUAAUUUUUUAUUCUUUAUGUCAAUAUUUUAUCUUCUUUUACAUUAAAAUGAAAUAUCAAGUAAA